UGCGCUGCUCGCCCUGCCCUCUGCCUUUAACCUUCUACCGAGGGGGCGGGGUCCGACGGUGCUCUGGGAAAGGCGGGAGAGCUGGCGCCCAAGGUAUAUUCUUCCACAAGGGCUGCGCGGGGGAGAGGACAGUGUCCGAGCAGUCGGGAGAGCAGGCUGACGAGAAGAUGCCACUGUCGCUACCACCUCAAGGAGAUCCCAGGGAGUCCAGCCCGUCCAAGGCCCCCAAGAAGCACGCCACUUUCCACAUCUGGCGCUCCAAAAAGAAGCAGCAGCCUCCUCGGUCUGACUGUGGAGUGUUUGUUCCGCACCCGCCUCCGGCGCCGAUCGGCGAGGCCAGAGCUUUGAAUAUACCUGAUGAAAGCCGACAGGAGUUCCAGGAACUUACCUUGCACACUGCCAGUGAGAUGGCUGGUCCCUCACCUAUAGAAUCUGGGCUGUUUAAAAAGUCCAGAGCACAACCACCAGAAGACAACAGAAAGAAGCCUGUUUUGGGGAAACUUGGCACCCUAUUCACGUCAGGAAGGAAAAGGAGCACCAGAAAUGGGUUAGAGAGCCCCACCAGCCCAAGUGUCAAAUCAGUCUCUCCCAAAGAUAUAACUUCUAAACUCCCUGAAAGCGAGAGCGACAAGAGUAAGUCUCAGAGCAGCCAACCAAAGCAGACAGACAGGAGCGAGGAGGGAUCCAUUCAGGAGGCAGACAGCGAGAAAUCCGAGAGUUGUGUCCAGGCAGUCCCCUCUGAUGCCGAACCGUCACCUUGCUCAAACAGCAGUGCAGCGGGUGUGCAGCAGUGCCAUGAAAGUGAUUCACCCCAAUUAGAACCUCUGCAGGUCGAGGGAGAGACUUUCCCAGAUGCCACCACCGCUGCCAAGCAGUCGCAUUCCACACCAGGGAAUUCCUCUAGGCAAGAGCACGCAGAGACGCUCUCCCGCAGUCUGGGGGCGGACCCUUUGCCUGGCACUGGAGGUGAACGGGAGACAGCCUCAGGUGCGAGGGGUGUGCCCGAGUCGCCCACCCGGGAGCAAUCCGCCGGAGGACUUGAGGAAGCCCCUAGCGUGGGUACGCAAGAAAGUUCCCUGCUGCGCCUAGACACGCGCAUCCCGCCAGGUGAAGGCGCAUCUGCUCCGCCAGGUGACUGUCCUGACGAGUGCACAGAAAAUAGGAGUAGCUCCGGGCAGGCCAGCGGCACAGCCGCGCGUGGCGAUCGCGCCCACCCCGCCAAAGUGUUGACUUUGGAUAUCUAUUUGAGUAAGACUGAGGUGUCGGAGGUGGAAGAACCUGUGGUGAUUACUCCCGGGGCCGAAGAUUGCGGCGAUUCUGACGACAUGGAGAGGAGAUCGAGCGGUCGCAGAUCGGGCAGGCGGAGGAAAUCUCAGAAAUCCACCGACUCUCCUGGCGCAGACGCCACUCUGCCCGAGAGCGCGGCGAGAGACGACGCGGUGUUCGACGACGAGGUGGCGCUACAUGCGGCCACCGAGAAUGUCUUUGCGGAAAAGAAAGUGAAAUCUCCGCGGGCGGCCCUCGACGGGGGCGUUGCCUCCGCUGCCGGCCCCGAGUCCAAGCCCAGCCCUGGCCCCAAAGGGCAGCUUCGAGGGGAGUCCGACCGGAGCAAACAACCACUCCCGGCUUCGUCCCCCACCAAGAGGAAGGGCAGGAGCCGCGUUCCUGAGGCUGUGCCCAGCCAGCCUGCCAGCGGCCCGCGGUCUCCUGCCAAGGAGUCCCCACCCAAGAGGGCGCCGGCGUCCGACCCCAGCUCGGUAGCCAAGAGCACCGCGGCCGACUGCGGGGAGGAGGCGGCCCGGGUCAUUCCUCGUGAGCUCACGGUCAAGAGCAGCUCCCUGCUGCCAGAGAUCAAGCCCGAGCACAAGAGGGGUCCGUUCCCCAACCACUUCGAUGGCCGGGCAGAGGGAGGCCGAAGCAAAGACCUGGGCAGAUCGUCCGGAGCUUCGGAUGCCGACGGCUUAAAGCCCAGGAACCAUUUCGGUGUGGGCAGGUCAACGGUGACCACUAAAGUGACCCUCCCUGCCAAACCCAAACACGUGGAACUAAACCUGAAAACCCCUAAGAACCCUGACAGUUUAGCAAAUGAACAUAACUCAUUUAGCCAGCCAGUUCAUAAGGGAAACACUGCUACCAAAAUCUCCUUAUUUGAAAACAAACGAGUGAACAGUAGUCCAAGACACACUGACAUUCGAGGCACAAGGAACAUUCCCUCUAAUAAGACAUUUGUUGGGAGAGCAAAGCUGAAUUUAGCCAAAAAAGCCAAGGAAAUGGAGCAACCAGAAAAGAGAAUAAUGCCAAAUAGUCACCAUAAUGGUGUGGUGGUGAAGGAACCCUCUACAGAAACCAAAGUCACUCUCCCUAAAGAAGAGAUUCUCUCAGCAGCCAGAGAAAUGGGAGGGGAGCCCACCGAAGGUCAAGCUCUUGGUCCCCAGCCUAACCAAGAUGACAAAGCAGACGUGCAAACAGAUGCUGGCUGUUCUUCAGAACCAGUGGUUGCUGCUGUGAUUCCUGUCAAGGACCGUAAGCUCUUAGGAGAGGACAACUCUGAGGCUGCUGAAAGCAAAAGACCUGGACUUGAAAAUAUGAUUGAUACAGCAAAAGACACCCCCACCAUUCUUGAUGCCAAAGAUUCACUUCCAAAGCCCCAGGGUACAUUGCCUGACUCACAGCCCCAGGAUGAGUCAUUCAAGAAGCCUUCUCUUCCUCUGCCUGUGGAUGUUCCCAAAGACGAAUGUGCUCAAGCUCCCAUAAGCAAUUUUGCCUGCACUGAUCUAAAAGUGUCAGAAAACCAUAAUGGGUGUAUUUUGCCUGUGUCUCACAGUGAGAAAAUUCCCCUGUCCAAACUUGGAGGAGGAGAAGGAAACCCUCCUUCUUCCCCAGAGCCCAGCCCAGAAGCUGUGGUAAAUGAAUGUCCAUCCAAGGUCCUUGUCCAGGUCAGGUCCUUCGUUCUUCCUGUGGAGAGCCCUCAGGAUGUGAGCUCCCAGAUCAUUUCAGAAAACUCUGAAGUUAAAGAAGUGCAGUUGCCAAGUUGUCACAAUAAUGAACUUGAAGUGGUUUCCGUUGCAAGUUGUGCUCCCCAGCAAGAGGAAGUCCUGGGCACAUCACCCAAACGCACUCAUGGCAAAGAGGAACAUGUGGCAAAAUCUGUCCCACACGUCACACCACCGGAGUGCGAGAAAGCUCUGCCCAUCCAGGCUGAAAGUCAGGGCAGCCAAAAACACCCGGUGGCUGAGUGUAGCCCCGUCAACUCUCCCACCAGCAGAAAUCAUUCAGAAACUCCUCAGAGGCCAGAUCUAAACAUGGUGAAUGGCAAGGACACCCCUACCAGUCUUUUGAAUGUUUCUGCUGGUAGUGAUGAUAGUGUAUUUGAUUCUUCCUCUGAUAUGGAAAAAUUCACAGAAAUUAUAAAAAAUAUGGACAGCACAAUUUGUGUGCCCCAGAAGAAAAAGAAGACCAGGAUGCCAAACUCCCCUGCCCCUCACUUCGCUAUGCCUCCUAUUCAUGAGGACAAUUUAGAAAAGGUGUUUGACCCUAACGUGUUCACCUUCGGUUUGGGGAAAAAGAAGGAAAGCCAGACAGAAAUGUCACCUGCUUUACAUUUGAUGCAGAACCUCGACCCCAAAUCCAAACUGAGGCCCAAACGUGCAUCCACCGAGCAGAGUGUCCUCUUCAAGUCCUUGCACACUAACACUACUAAUGGAAAAAGUGAACCUCAGCCCACUUUAGAAAAAUAUGACAAAGAGAACAGGGACAUUACCAAUGGUGGAGUUAAGAGAUCAAGGUUAGAAAAGAGUGCGCUUUUCUCAAGCAUGUUAUCUUCUUUGCCACAAGACAAAGUCUUCUCUCCCUCUGUGACAUCAGUCAACAGUAUGACCACUUCUUUCAGCACUUCUCAGAACAGUUCUCUGUCUCGGUCUUCAGUGGUACAGCCCCUGAAGGAGGGUGCCCCGCCCUGUGGCUUAGACAAAGAACAGCCAAGUCUUCCACCUCACCACUCCUUAAAGGUCUUCAAUUUCAACUCGGCAAAUGCAUCUCAUUCAGAUCUGAAAAGUCCAAGCCACAUGGAAAAACACCUGCAAAAAGAGGAAAACAAAGAAGACCUGAAUUCACGAAGCAAUCUACACUUGCCAGAAUCGAAAUUUUCAGAAUUUUCCAAACUGAAAAACAAUGAUGGUAUGGAAAAGGCUAAUCAUACUGAAAGUGUUCUUAAAUCCAACUUGCCAAACCAUGGAAACAGUGAUACCGACUUCAUGGGUCUUUUCAAAUCAAGCCGGUACGACCCAGGCAUUUCUUUUUCUGGAAUGCCAUUGUCAGAUACCACGACACUGAGAGGAAGUAGUCAAAACAAACUCAAUCCCCGACCUGGAAAGGUGGUGAUAUUCAGUGAGCCCUAUGUCUCGGAGAAGUGCAUUGAAGUUUUCAGGGAUAUUCAGGAUUGCAGUUCUUGGAGCCUCUCUCCAGUAGUACUCGUGAAAGUCGUUAGAGGAUGUUGGAUUUUGUAUGAGAAACCAAAUUUUGAAGGACAUUCCAUCCCCUUAGAAGAAGGUGAACUGGAACUUUCUGGUCUCUGGGGUAUAGAAGAUAUUUUGGAAAGAAAUGAGGAGGCAGAGUCUGAUAAACCUGUAGUGAUUGGUUCAAUCCGACAUGUGGUCCAGGAUUACAGAAUUAGUCAAAUUGACUUAUUUACUGAACCAGAGGGGUUAGGACUCCUGAAUUCCUACUUUGAUGACACUGAAGAAAUGCAGGGAUUUGGUGUCAUGCAGAAGACAUGUUCCAUUAAAGUGCAUUGGGGCACAUGGCUGAUUUAUGAAGAACCUGGAUUUCAAGGUGUCCCUUUCGUCUUGGAACCAGGCGAAUACCCUGACUUAUCCUUCUGGGAUACAGAGGAAGCCUACAUUGGAUCCAUGCGGCCUCUGAAAAUGGGUGGUCGUAAAGUUGAAUUCCCAACAGAUCCGAAGGUUAUUAUUUAUGAAAAGCCUUUCUUUGAAGGAAGAUGUUUGGAACUAGAAACAGACCUGUGUAGCAUUGUCACUGAUGAGACAGAAGUGACUGGAGAUGAUAACUUGCCCCUUACAUCAGUGGGGUCCAUGAAAGUUCUAAGAGGCAUUUGGGUUGCCUAUGAGAAGCCUGGAUUUGUGGGUCAUCAGUAUUUGCUAGAAGAAGGAGAAUACAAGGAUUGGAAAGACUGGGGAGGUUAUAAUGGAGAGCUUCAGUCCUUACGACCUAUAUUAGGGGAUUUUUCAAAUGCUCACAUGAUAAUGUACAGUGACAAAAACUUUGGAUCCAAAGGUUCCAGUAUCGAUGUAUUAGGAAUUGUUGCUAAUUUAAAGGAGACUGGAUAUGGAGUGAAGACACAGUCUAUUAAUGUACUGAGUGGAGUAUGGGUAGCCUAUGAAAAUCCUGACUUCACUGGAGAACAGUAUGUUCUGGAUAAAGGCUUUUACACCAGUUUUGAGGACUGGGGAGGCAAAAAUUGUAAGAUCUCUUCUGUCCAACCCAUAAGUUUGGAUUCUUUCACUGGCCCAAGGAGACGAAACCAGAUUCACUUGUUUUCAGAACCACAGUUUCAAGGUCAAAGUCAAAGAUUUGAAGAAACAACAGAUCAAAUUGAUGAUUCGUUUUCUACCAAGUCCUGCCGAGUUUUAGGAGGCAGCUGGGUUGCAUACGAUGGAGAAAAUUUCUCUGGCAAUCAGUAUGUGUUGGAAGAAGGCCACUAUCCUUGUCUCUCUGCAAUGGGAUGCCUGCCUGGAGCAACUUUCAAGUCUCUUCGUUUCAUAGAUGUGGAAUUUUCUGAACCAACAAUUAUUCUUUAUGAAAGAGAAAAUUUCAAAGGAAAAAAGAUUGAACUUAAUGCAGAGACAGUUAAUCUCCAAUCCCUGGGAUUUAACACACAAAUACGCUCUGUUCAGGUUCUUGGUGGCAUAUGGAUUACUUAUGAAUAUGGAAAUUACAGAGGUCGGCAGUUCCUAUUGUCACCAGCAGAAGUACCUAGUUGGUAUGAAUUCAGUGGCUGUCGCCAAAUAGGUUCUCUAAGACCCUUUGUUCAGAAACGAAUUUGUUUCAGACUUCGAAACAAAGCAACAGGGUUAUUCAUGUCAACCAAUGGCAACUUAGAGGAUUUGAAGCUUCUUAGAAUACAGGUCAUGGAAGAUGUUGGUGCUGAUGAUCAGAUUUGGAUUUAUCAAGAAGGAUGCAUCAAAUGCAGGAUAGCAGAGGACUGCUGCCUGACAAUCGUGGGCAGCCUGGUAACAUCUGGCUCAAAGCUGGGUCUGGCACUCGACCAGAGUGUUGACAGUCAGCUCUGGUGCAUGAAGCCAGAUGGCAGGAUCCACAGCAAACUGAAGCCCAAUUUAGUUUUAGAUAUCAAAGGGGGUGCGCAGUAUGAUCAGAAUCACAUUAUCCUCAACACAGCCAGCAAAGAGAAGUUAACACAAGUGUGGGAAGCCAUGGUCCUAUGAGCCAGAACAACGGAUACAGAGGGAACCUUUCUGGAGGUCUUUCCAGCUGCCUUAUUUAAGAAACACAAAGGACAAUACUGAUGGAGGAGCCAAGUGGAAAGUGGAUGGACUUCUUCUUCCAUCUUGAAUGACACUGCCGUGGCUGGGAGAAUCAUCUCAUCUUUUCAAAAGACUGCAAUAAUUUUAAACCAAUACUUUGUCCUCCUUUCAUUUCUUGCCUUUCAUUUUCUCUCAGUAGCUACUUAAACAGGUUGCAUCACUAGCAGCUUUGGGGGUGUUUAAAGAUGCGAUAGGAAGACUUCAAGAUUAUGAAUGUUUAAAAUUAUUUCCAAAGAUUGUAAUGGAGAGAACAGGAUCAAGUUUACUUUGUGGACUUAAAAAUCCCUUCUACUUUAAAGGGAAGGAUAAAAGCCUAAGUUUGUAAGGUCGAAGACUAUUGAGCAUCUGAGAAACAUGCUUUAUUAGGCCUGUACCUUUGGUCCUUGGCCUUAAUGUUUUCUGGAACCAUUAAUUAUGCUUGAUAAUAAAGUGUGAAAGCCUUAUAUGUUCAGAGACAUUAUAAGUAUAAACAAAUACUAUUUUCUUUCAGUUAAUAUUUAAAAAUUAGUAAACUGAUUAACUUCAUGUCCAUGUCUGCUAACAUUUAUUAGCAGAAUUUGGAUUAUUCUAGGGGCUGCUCUAGAUAUCACAAGUGAAUGUUUAAUGCCUUUCCGAUAGCUGCUACUGGAACAGUAUUAUCAUGGCCUAAUUUAUUAGCCUCUCCUUACUUGUCUGCAAGUACUGAAGCCAUGUUCUAUAGAUUUUUGCUAACCUAACUUCCAGGCACUACUGAGUGGGACAGGCUCAGGUCUGAAGGUACUGGGGGUACUGCAGCCCUGAUAUCACUUCCUUCUAGUAGCAGAGAGGUGUGCAAAGCUGCAGGGGAUGAUCAGCACUCAUGUCCAGAAAGUAAAAGAGAAGAGACCCUGAAGGCUGGUGUUGGCCAUAGGUUACAGCUCUGAGCGCCUGUGAAUGCCGUAAGCAAUUCAAAAAUGCAAAGGAAAUGUUUCCCUUGCUGCUCGUUGGUUCUAGUUUUGAACUAAACUGCUAAAUGUUUCCUUGAAUACAACCUUCCUUUUAUUUUUUUUUCCUGUCUUUGUUCCUGAAUACCGGUGCUCUUGUUAUAAGUAGAACAAAUCUUUCCAUUUCAUUAGUUCAGGUGUUUCCAAUUCUGAAAUGUGAUCCUCCCUGAAGUCUGUAGGCAACUGUGGUCAUUAGAAUAAUUUACCUUCAGUUUUAAAAUAAUGUUUGCACAUGUACAACAGCUCCAACAUGUCUGUCUCAUUCUUAGAUGUAGAGCUCUGAUUGUAGGCAUUUUGUGUAUAUCAUUACAGAAUGAUGGGUAAGAUAUUCUAUAAUAACCUGUGCUGAAUUUAUCUCUUGAAUAAACUUGUUUCUGGUUAACUAUA